AUGCUACCGUUUCUCUUCCCUGACCUCGCUUCCUUUCCCACUGUCGCUGACCUCGUUACCCACCUCCGCGCUAGUGACACCCGCUACCGCGCUGCCCUUCCUGCUGAGUUCCGCGCUGCGAACCCUCCUCCCAUGUACAUCACUCUCUACUUUCUCGUCACCCGUCUCCCUGAGUCCCUUCGUGUCGUUAGGGACCAGUUUCUCUCUGUCUGUCCCACCACUCUCACUGUCGACCUCCUUGAGGAGUCCCUGCUAGCGGCUGAGAAGAGUAUUGUCGCUGUAGGGGCCUCUCGGGGUGACCCUCGCACCCCCAUCUUUGAGGGGUGUGGUCCCUCCCCCCUGCUGCCCUCUGUCGCCUCUGCCGCUGCGGCCGACCUCGUUGGUUUUGAGUCGGUCGGCGCGGCGUCUGCCCCCAGUGGCAGACGCCGCACUGGCAAGGGCAAGGGGGGCAAGGGAGCGGGUGGAGCCAGAGGGGGCGGUGGAGGAGGCGGUGGGGGUGGAGGGGGGAGUGGGGGUGGCGGGGGGGGUGGUGGCGGGAGUGGAGGUAGUAGUGGCGGCGGUGGAGGCGGAGGUGGCGGCGGAGGUGGUAGCGGAGGAGGCGGUGGGAGCGGUGGGAGCGACGGUCCUGGUGGGGGAGGUGGCGGUGGCGACGGGGGUGGCGGUGGAGGCGGGGGUGGCGGUGGAGGAGGGGGUCGGAGUGGCUCGUCCCAGCGGAGCAGCUCUGGGGGUGGUCAGCGCCAGCAGCAGCAGCAGCAGCAGCCACAGCAGCAGCCGCAGCAGCAGCAGCGCUCUCGCACCGUCCCCGGCCCUCAGCAGCUCCGUGAGUGGUACUAG